AUGGACGCUUUCCACCCUUACGCCGACCUCCACGCCAACCCCAAGGGUCCCGGUGAUGCUCGUCCCACAGCCCUCCAAAUCAUCAGCGACAGCAACCUGGCCAACAAGUGGACAGACAAGGUGAUCCUCAUCACCGGAGGCACAUCCGGCAUCGGUCUUGAGACCGCGCGUGCUCUGUUCACUACCGGCGCCGAUGUCUACAUCACGGCCCGGGACUCCACAAAGGCCAAGACCGCCGUCGAAGACAUCACCAAGUCUUCGGAAGGCCGCGGCAAGCUCGAGGUUAUCGACAUGGAUAUGAACUCACUUGAAUCCGUCAAGAACGCAGCGAAAGUCUUUUUGGAAAAGUCGUCUAAAUUGAACGUCCUCAUCAACAACGCUGGAAUCAUGGCAGUCCCGGAGCCGGCGAAGACCGCCGACGGCUUCGACCAGCAAUUCGGCGUAAACCACCUCGCGCACUUCACCCUUACCGCACUGCUCCUCCCCACCCUCAUCCGCAGCAGCACGCCGGAGUUCAAUUCGCGCAUCAUUUCUUUGGCCUCGUCCGGUCACAGAUUCAUGGCCGUCAAUUUCGACGACUACAACUUCGCCAAGACCGACUACAACCCGUGGCUCGCCUACGGCCAGUCCAAGACGGCCAACAUCUGGCUGGCGAACUACAUCGACCGCGUCUACGGCCCGCGAGGGGUCCACGCCGUCAGCAUCCAGCCGGGUGUGACCGCCACCCCGUUGCAUGUGCACGUCGAUCCCGCGAUGUCGUCCGCAUGGCAGUCCGAUCCAGUCAUCGGAGCUCGGAUUAAGAGUCCGGCCCAAGGCGCCGCGACGCCCACCUGGGCCGCUGCUGCCGACGUCUGGGAGGGUAAGGGAGGGAAGUAUCUAUUUGACGUGGGCGUCGGAGGCCCUGCGACGAGUGACGGCAUGGCGUCCUUAGCUGACCAAGGAUACGGUCCCCAUGCUUUUGAUGAGGAGAGUGAGAACAAGCUGUGGGAGCUCAGUCUUGAACUCACCGGCGUCAAGAUUGAGGCAUAG